AUUAUUUAUUAUAUUUGAAAAAAUUUAAAUUUAAUAUUCAUUCAUUUAUAUUUAUUGAUAGUUUAAUGAAUUUACAAUCCAAUUAAGAUGUUCGACGUACAUUAUCAAUUAUUGGAAAUGAAAAAUUUGUUUCUUCUGUUAAUUAUUAUCCACAUUCUCAAAUGGCUUCUUGUAACAUUUAUUCAUAUUUAUAUACAAAUUCAAUGAAAUAUUAUUAUAAAAUUACAAAUAAUUUUCCAGGUGGAUUAUUUAGAAAUGUAAAAAAAGUUUCAUUACUUGAUGAAUGUCCAUUUCCACAUGAAUUUUUUAUUCAAAUUUCUAAAUCAUUUCCAGUUAUCACAAAUUUAUCAUUAAAUAAUAAAACACCGCAAAAGAAAAAAAAUUGUAAACAAAAAUUUUUUUCAGUUGUUGAAUUUUCUCAUCUUACCGAAUUGUAUUUUGAUGAAGCACAUGAUGAUUAUAUUGAACAAUUUUUAUUCGGCACAAAAACAUUUCUAUCAAAGUAA